CGCAGCUCUCUGUCCUCUUCUUGUUUCGUCAUCUGCGCAAAGUGGAUCACUCAGGGUGCCACAUUUCUUUGCCUUGCCUUGCUUUCUUUUUUCUCGCUUCUUUCGAUUUAUUUUACCUGCUAUAUCUAAAUUUUAUCACUGCAAACAGAGGACGCUCGCAUGAUCUCGAUAAAGUUGCUUUAUUUUGCCUCGGCGCGCGACGCAGCCCACGGCUUGAGUAGCGAGACAAUUGAGCUUGAGCAGCAGGCGCCCGCGACGCUUCAAUCGGCCGUAAAUAUAAUUAGGCAGCGGCACCCAAAUAUGGAAGCUGUCUUGAAAACUGCGCUGUUGUCAUUGAAUCAAGAGUAUUGCGAGGCUGAGAAUACGCAGGACAUUCUGCUGCGCGACGGCGAUGAAGUGGCAGUAAUACCGCCAGUGAGCGGCGGCUAACCAUAUUUCUGGAAAUAAUAUAUUAUAUAUGAAUAUACAGCGGUGCUGCAAUUGAAAAAUAUAUCUAUACAAUUGCUCCCGCAAGGUCAGUGCGACUGGGCGGCGGAUGGCCA